AUGGUUAGCAAAAAAAGUAACGCAGAUGAAGCUGUUGAAAACGUUGAGGAAAGUCUGGAUAAUGUAACUGGGGACAAGAAGAAUGAAUCUUUGAAAAAGGAUAAAAGAAAAAAAAAAGAACAAAAGAACAAAGAAAAUGAUAUCGAUAAAAUUAAUGACGAAGAGGAAGAAGAUGAAGGAAAUGAUGAGGAAAAUUUAAAAAAAUUCGGAGUCGACACGAGUGAAAAUGACGAUGAUAAGGAGGACGACGAUGAUGAGGAUGACGAUGAAGACGACGAUGAUGAUGAGGACGAUGACGACGACGACGAUGAUGAUGACGAUGAUGACGAUGAUGAUGACGAUGACGACGAUGAUGAUGACGAUGACGACGACGAUGACGACGAGGAAGACGAUGAGGAAGAUGAUGACGAGGAAGACGAUGAGGACGAUGAUGACGAGGAAGACGAUGAUGACGAAGACGACGAUGAUGAUGAGGAUUUUGAGGAUAUGGAUGAUGAUGACGACGAAGAUGACGAAGAUGAUGAUGACGACGAUGAGGACGAGGAUGAAGACGAUGAGGAUGAGGACGAGGAGGACAUGGGCGGAGACUCCAAAAAGGAGGGUGAAUCGCACACAAAGAAGGACAGCGACGACGAGGCAUGA